CCUCCCCAGUGCAAGCAGCUGGAAGUGGAGCAGCCAGGACUUGAACCGUUGUCCCUAAGGGAGCAAGGAAAUCCAGGCUAGAGCACAAGGUGGCCCUGGACCCCCGGUGCUGCUCCAGUCUCCAUGACAACCAGAGCCUUGGACGAACUGGACGGAGGCCUGGGCAGCUGCCCAGCCGGGGAGGAGCUCUCUGUGCUGGUUGAGGCCUACCCGGGCACAGCCCAGGAAAACAAGGCUCCAGGGUCUCGCAGGCGGGCUGACUCGGGCAGCUGUCCCCCGGUCUCUCAGGAGCUGGGGGCGGACAGCGUCGGGCACGAUAGAAUAAGGAAGACAGACCAGGAGUCCGCGGUCAGGGGCGCCCUAGGACCCGGAAGGGAGAGGCCGAAAGGCGGAACAACCCCGCGCAGCGCCCCCGCACGCAAGAAGGCGCAGGCCACGUCGCCCCCGCAUCCGCCGCCGCCCGUGCCCAGCGGCGAGGAGUUGCCCUGGGGAGAUGUGUCCAUCAACAAGUGCUUGGCGCUCGCCUCGCUGCUGGCGCUGCUGGGCUCGGCUCUGCAGCUGUGCCGCGAUGCCGUGGCUGGAGAGGCAACUGUCCCAGCGCCUGUCCCUGAGCCCUGGGUCCCACCGAGCCCGCCCAGGAAGGAGCCAGCGGUGACCUCGCCUAAGCCCCCUGUCUUGGCGCCCCCAACGGCGCCGCCCGCGCCCCAAGCGGACUCGGAGGCGGAGGAGGGACCCGAGGUUCCCGGCAGCCCGGGAGCCGCCGAGCAAGGGCCUGCGGGGGAGAUGCCCACGCCCCUCGCAGACCGAGGGCUCAAGGACAAGCGGGGGAAGGAGAGGCCGCGCAGAGAGGAGAAAUCGCGCAGGGAAAGGCCGCGCAGGGAGAGCGGCGCGCCCCGCGAGGCCCUGCCCCGGCGCUGGGAGGUGCGCGACUCCGAAGACCGCGGGCACCGGAAGAGGCACGCCCGGCCUUCCCCGAGGCGAUCCGACCUGGAGGAGCGGCUCCUGGGCCGCCGGAAGCCCCGCGCAGGCAAGGGGCGGGACUGAGCCCGACGUGGUAGUGCCGCACGUAGCCCAGGGCGCCCUCUGGACUCCAGCAAAAUAAAGCGCGUGCAGAGGCCGCUC